CCGCUGGCCCCUGCUCUGCUCGACGGUCUUCUCUGUGCCCUCUGCUUUGCGCAGCAGCUCGACUUCAACUUUCACGCUUGAACGAACAUCAUGGCUCCCGUGGCUGCAGGCGCGCCUGCGUCGAACCGUCGCAAGAACCUGGCCGGCCCGUCUGGUUGGGCUGGUCUACUCGCUAAUGCUCGCGUAUUCGCGAUCGCAGUGUUUGCAUCGCUGGGUGGUUUGCUGUAUGGCUACAACCAGGGCGUGUUCUCAGGCGUUCUUGGCAUGUCCUCGUUCGACUCGCGGAUGCACUCCGCGGUCGACGACCCUGGAACCAAGGGCUGGCUCGUCUCCAUUCUCGAGCUCGGUGCAUGGCUCGGUGUGCUCUUCACGGGAUACUUAGCGGAUAAGUUGUCUCGCAAGUACACUAUCGUACUGGCGGUUAUUGUGUUCUGCAUCGGCGUCGUCGUACAGACAGCUGCGUUCGCGCCGUCCUCGAUCUUUGGAGGCCGUUUUAUCACCGGUCUGGGCGUCGGAUCCCUCAGUAUGGCGGUCCCAUUGUACAACGCGGAGCUCGCGCCGCCGGAGGUGCGCGGCAGUCUGGUCGCGCUCCAGCAGCUCGCGAUCACGUUUGGCAUCAUGGUGUCGUUCUGGAUCGACUUUGGCACAAACUACAUUGGGGGGACGGGCGCGGGGCAGAGCGAGGCGUCAUGGCGCGUCGCGCUCGCGCUGCAGCUUGUGCCCGCGAUCAUCCUUGGUGUCGGCAUUUUGGCUAUGCCGUUCUCCCCCAGGUGGCUCGUGAACAACGGGCGCGAUGAUGAGGCGUUGCAGGUGCUCAGCCGUGCGCGUCGUCUUCCUCCGGAUUCGGAUCUCGUGCAGAUCGAGUUUUUGGAAAUCAAGGCCCAGUACAUCUUCGAGAAGGAGACGUCUGCGAUUAAGUUCCCGGACCUGCAGGACGGCGGCUGGAAGUCGAACUUCAAGCUCGGCGUUUACGACUACAUGAGCCUGCUUCAAUACCGACCAUUGUUGUACCGCGUGGCCGUUGGCUCCUUGACCAUGUUCUUCCAACAAUGGACGGGUGUCAACGCUAUCCUCUACUACGCGCCGUCUAUCUUCACCGACCUCGGUUUGACUGGUAGCACGAACUCACUCCUCGCCACGGGUGUUGUCGGCAUUGUCAUGUUCCUCGCCACGAUCCCCGCCGUUAUCUGGGUCGACAAGGUCGGCCGCAAGCCGGUGCUCAUCUCCGGGGCGUUCAUCAUGGCUGGCUGCCACAUCAUCGUCGCGAUCCUUACCGGGCUGUUCCACAACUCCUGGGACUCGCAUGUCGCCGCAGGAUGGGUCGCGUGUGUCUUCGUCUGGAUCUUCGCGAUGGCGUUCGGAUACUCGUGGGGUCCUUGCUCGUGGAUCCUGGUUGCGGAGAUCUGGCCGCUGUCCGUCCGCGGCAAGGGUGUGUCCAUCGCCGCGUCGUCUAACUGGAUGAACAACUUCAUUGUCGGUCAAGUCACGCCUACCAUGCUCGCCCACAUCGGCUUCGGCACCUUCGUCUUCUUCGGAGCGUUCUCGUUCCUCGGCGGUCUCUUCAUCUGGUGGUUCGUCCCCGAAACGAAGGGCCUCACGCUCGAGGAGAUGGACGAGAUCUUCGGGUCCGCGGGCAUGGCCGCAGGCGAGCAGGAGCGCAUCCUCGCGAUCGAGAAGCGCAUCGGGCUCGACGCGUACAACGACCCUGACCGCGCGAGCCCCCACCCCUCGGAUGUCCACAAGCACGACUCUAUGGAGAAGGCAUACUCGGAGAAGGCGUAAUGGGUUAUCGAGGGAGAAAAUGGGGAGAGACACCGCCAGUGUAGGCGCAUGCUGUCUUGCUAUCUGCUCUCAUAUCUGCACACGUUGAGGUGUACCUUCUAGCCUGGUUGUUCGAGUCUUGUUUGUAUUUGUACCUAGAUGAUCAUUCACGCAUCUUAUGUUCACG